AUUGAGUCUUUGAUUUGACAUUAAUUGCAACAAAUGUUUCACUCAUUCACUACUAUUUGAUUCAUUGAAACUCUAAGUGUCACCAAAUUAUCAUCAAAUUGUGCCACAAUUGACAUCUCAAACACUCUUCACAUGUCUUACCAUUAGUUUUAUCGUUAAUUCAAUUAUAAAUCCAAUUGUAUCUCAUUUUCUAUGCAUUCAACCAUUGAAUCCAAUUGACAAUUGGAUCAGUUAUUUGUGAUAUCAUUAGUAAUUAGUUAAAUAAAUUUGAAGAUAAAAUAGUGAUUAAUUUGUGGUCAAAGAGACGACUGAUUGGCCAUUAGAUUGAUUUAAAAGACACUAAACAUGAGUUGCGAGACAUCGAUAUCAUCCGCGAGAGCGUCAGUCAUGCUCUACGACGACAACUCGAAGAAGUGGUUGCCGUCGGGAUCGUCAUCGGGUCUGUCGAGAGUGCAUAUCUACCAACACAUACAGAACAACACAUUCCGAGUGGUGGGCCGUAAACUGCAAGACCACGAAGUGGUGAUCAACUGUGCGAUACUGAAGGGUCUGAAGUACAAUCAGGCGACGCCGACAUUCCAUCAGUGGAGAGACAACCGACAGGUCUAUGGACUCAACUUCAGCAGCAAAGAAGAGGCCGACGCUUUCGCUCUCACUAUGAUUAAAGUGUUGGAUGUGUUGAAUCAAAACAUCACUAAUAAUAUAAUCACAUCCAAAAUGCCUACUAAUCCCACACAACAACCACUCUAUGGACACAUCGGAGCGCCCGAAGACUAUGGCAUCGGUGGCGGAGGCGGUGGUCAGCAGUGGAACCAAAAUCAAGUGAAUGACAUAAAUGAGUGGAAACAACAACAGAUGAUCCAAGAGAUGAAUCAUAUGAAUCAUGUGACGAAUCACAACCACAUUAUGAGUCCUCCCAUUCAGCAACAAAUGUCUCAAUCAAUGCAACCGCAGAUACAGUCAUCGGUUCCAUCGGUUCCGCAGUCAAUACCACAACAGCCCACUUAUGGCACGCAUAACACGCAUCAUAGGAACCCUUCCUCUACUAAUAACCCAGUGAUGACUCAACAAAUACAACAACAGACACAACAAAUGCCACAAAUGUCUCCACAACCACCGCUACAGACAACAGGUGCGCCGCCGCCUCCACCACCACCUCCGCCACCGCCCGGACCACUGACUGGACCACUAACUGGUCCUCCGGGUCCGCCACCUGCACCUCAAAUGCCACCAAUGAAUGCACCAAUGAAUGCACCAAUGAAUCGCGCGCCUCCACCGCCGAUGAAUGCAAACAAUAGUAAUACUAAUACAAUGAAUGGAAGUACUCCACAGUCAGGAUCCGUUAAUUUGGCCACAGCUCUGGCCUCAGCCAAACUCAAACGAACGUCUUCUUCGGCGGCCAGAGAGGAAGUGAUUGGUUCUGCAGGCGAUGCGAGCGCCAGAACUCCCGCUCCAAACAAUUUAAUGGAUGAAAUGGCGAAGACUUUGGCUCGAAGAAGGGCUCAGGCGGAGGGCACGCAAAACACUAGUUGUGAUCAAUACGAUGGCAGUACUCCUGCCAGCGAUCACUCUUCCAGAAAGCAUUGGGACGGAAAACAUGCCACUAAUGGAAGCAAUAGUCCCUCAAAGGAUAGCUCUAAUGAUACAAUUCAAAGACAAAGAACUGGAUCUCUAGACAGUGAUCCCAAACUAAAUGGCAUUGAAGGUCUUGAUGUCGAAAGAUUUAAAAAUGAAAUUAUGGGAGAAAUACGCAAAGAGUUUAAUAAAAUGAAACUCGAGAUUAUAGACGCCAUAAGAAUGGAAUUGAAUCGAAGAUAAACUGAUGGAUUGAAUGGACUUAUAAUUUACAUAAAGACAUGUGAACUGCAAGUAAACCAUAUGUUUUGCAGAGGAUUUGCUAAAUUUUAAAUUAAUUUAACGCCAAUUAUUCAUAACCUAAUGAAAUACGUAUUAAUUAUUUUGUGUAAAAUUAUUUGAUUUUGUAAAACAAUUCAACGAAAUGGGGUUUCAAUUGAAUAUCAGUCGAAAAGUCGACCCAAAAUCUCAGUAGAAUUAAUCGAUGGAAUACAAGCGCUGCCAUAAAACGAUGCAAAAGUGCCACAAAUGAGCACUUUUUAGCGAUAACUGAUGACUAACGACAUUAAAUAUGUAUUGAAAUCUCUGUUAGUUUUAUUUGCGCUUUAAUUUGGAUGUGAUUUGAAAUUA